AUGGCACAGUGCGGAUCGACACCAAUGCUGAGACAGUCAAAGUCACGCCUCCUGUGCUUGUACGGCACAGAUGCCCAGCGACAAAAGCUUAGAUAUUGUGUUGGUCGACGCCAAACGGUGAAAGUCACUGCUGAACCGCCUGAAUGCAAAGGUGCAUUGCAAGGGAUCCUCCAUGUGCUUGGGAAGUCGUGGCUGCAGGAAUUGCUGGGUUGUAGCAGGGUGCCUCAUGCCCUUUCCCAAGAUGUCUUCCACACUCUGCGGCCUGGACAGUAUCCGGUGACACCGGAGCACCUCUGCCUGAACUGCUCCGUUCAGGACAAGCUUCACCGAGCCUUGCGGCAUCUGCAGCGAACCCACCUGGAGACGGAGAAAGCAACCGAGGCGCUGGCAGAGCAGUAUGCGUCGCUACGCAAACACGUCACAACGGUGCAGCGCACUGCCCGUGGCGAAGUGGAGCGGUACCCCAGCCCCAGGCAAAGUAAAUGGACCCCUCAAACACGCGUCGACGAUCAACUUCACAGAGCUUCAGCGGAUGACCUGGCCAAGUAUGUGUCAAGCGCAAGGCAGGCAUCAUCUAAGUCAUUGAGUUGGCGAAGUUCUCCCAGAUAG